CUUAUCCUCUGCCCCUACACCACACCUUUCCCCCUCCCUUUGCCUUCCUUCCUGACCAUAGAUACUCCCUUGUCCUAACUUAUUACAGGGUACGCUCGUUUUUCAUCCCGCCUGACAGCAGUCGCUGAAGUCUGCGCCCACUUCAGGCCGGCAUACCCACAAAGCCCUGCAGCGACCAACUCUGCUGCAGAAUGGUUCAGUACAGUCCUUUCCUCGCACUUAUAGGCCUACUGGGUCUCCUGCUGCCCCUCAUUGUCGAGGCGGCUGUGCAUGUGCCAACAGCAGGGCCCGUAGCUGAACAACGAUGCGAGGCCUUCGCUUCUACCUUCAGCUCCAAGAAUCUUGUGCUUAACCUCACUUUCAGUCAAUACUGGGAACAGGGCUCGAAUCCAUCACUGGAGCUUCUGGCCUCUUCAAUACCUUUGCCGAUCUACCCAGAGGGCCCUGCACUGCAGCAAAUUCUGGCAGGGGUUGGGCCAGAUGUAGACAUCUCCAGGGACGGUGGAUACGGCUGGAAUUCCCGAAAAAGGCUUUCGGAGCAUGGCCCACUCGGGGGCCUGCCUGCUUUCUGCCGCUUUGGAGCCCUCAUCGUCACCAGCAACCUCACCCAGGUCUACAUGGAGGCAUGGAUGCCCUUCAAGUAUAAUCCCUCUCUACCGCUUGCGCCCAUCAAUGCCAGUGAUUUCCCUACCAAUUCCACGCCAAUCAGUCUAGCGGCCAAUGGUGACUAUCUCAAGGCUCCCAGCUCGUACUUCAUCAAUGCCAGCUCGCCCCUGAAGAAUGUCACGGCUCCCGACACCAACUCGACUCGAUCUCUGAUGACGGCUGCGUUGACAAAGUCCGCCUCGGCCAGCACCAAGAAGGUCAUCGGUGAUCCUCACACUCCAUCUGCCAGAACCAAAUUCAGAACAAUGAGGACGACGGCUACAGCCACUGGAAACGACACCUCUGCGACGACGCCAUCUGAGAUCGAGCCAGAGGACACACCUGCGAGUUUGUCGACUGGGACUGCUGCGAAUCCCACUGCCUCAGAAGAGGAGGUUGAUGAAGAAGACGCCUCAAUCGGUCUCCUUGAAGGACAGUCUACAAAUGAGAAUGGCAACAAGAGCACCAUCACUCGCCGAUGGAAGGGGCAUUCCGACUCACCCCUCACAGGUCGUGAGGUCUUAGGGUCUCCCAAACAAGGUUGGAAUGGGCGACUACUUUUGGUCGCAAACGGUGGCUUUAGGGGCGCCAUCCCCUGGCCAACCAUGAAGCAGUCCAUGUCCAGACUAGGAAUGGCCGUUGUUGGCAACAACCAGGGCCACUUUGGAGGAACGGGUGUGACGACCUGGAUCAAUGGCACGCAGCACGAUGAGACCCUCGUCGAUUGGGGGACUCGAGGUGUACACGUCUCAAAAGUGCUCGCAGAUGAGGUGUUGGAUGCCUUCUACGGGGUGAACAAGGGCAAGAAGAGACGCUCGUACUUUGCAGGAUGCUCCAACGGUGGCAAAUCCGCUCUUGCGUCCGCUCAAUCUGAUCCGGGAGACUUCGAUGGAAUCCUUGCCGGCAGUCCGGGCGUCAACUUCAACAGGAUGAAUGUGGGCCAAAUCUUGUUCCAAACCCGCCACCGCAAAGGCACUGCGAAAGGAGGCUGGUUCUCAAACGAGCUGCUUGCGCCGAUGCACCAGGUGAUCCUAGACCAGUGUGAUACCCUUGACGGUGUAAAGGACGGCGUACUCACCGACCCCAGAAAGUGCAAUCCGGACUUUGACAAGGAGCUGCUGUGCAAAGCUGAAGGUGGCAAGGGCAAUUACAGCGAAUCCGAUCUCUGUCUCAGCAGUACGCAGCUGACCAAUCUCAAAGGCCUGUACCAACCUGCGACCAUCAAUGGCAGCUUUGUAUACCCCGCAUUCCCAUACUCGUGGGAGUCGGAUGGCGCGAGCUUCCAAGGCACAAGCCCGAAAGCGAGGUUCUGGCUGUUGGCGAACAGACGAGAGCCCAAUUACGACAAUGCGACCUUUGACCCGUACACGGAGAUCACCUACGACCAGGUCGUUCAAGGCGACAUCGAUGGUACGGCAUGGACUGCCGAUGUCGUCGAUCUUUCCCCUGCGAUCAACUCUGGCACCAAGAUCAUCUCCUACCAUGGUCUAUCCGACAUGACUAUCAGUCCUUACUCGACGCAAGCGUACUACAGUGCCGUGGCCAAUGCUACGGAAGGAAAGAUCAAAGGGUCUCUCUCGGACCACUACCGCUUCUUCGACAUUCCUGGUAUGGGUCAUUGUAGAAACGGUCCAGGCGCUUGGCACUUUGGAGGCAUCACUCAGGAGGACGGAGGCAACCGACCUCUGGUCUUCGACACGCGCCAUGACAUGUUGCUCAGUCUAGUCGCAUGGGUGGAAAAGGGUCACAAUUUGCCAUACCACGUAGGCGCGUCGUACAAGUCACGCUCGAAGGUGCUACCAGUGUGGGACGGUAGUCAGCCCCUGAAAGGAGAUAUCACGCUGCCCACGACCUUUGAGGACAAGGCUUACGGCGUUGAGUUCACCCGGAAAUUAUGUCCUUGGCCUCAGCAGGCUGUAUACGACAAGCAGGGGACCACGAAGGGCAAGGACGCUUACAUGAGCUUCACUUGCCAAACACCCAAGUAGUGCAGCAUACUCUGGGCUGUUAUACAUGCCGCCUUGCAUGCUUGCCAAUUGCGCUCCAUAUACUUAUUGUACUGACU